AUGGCGGCGGUUGGUUGCUACGCAGGUCACAUGAUUCGUGACCCCCAGCACCCCGCCAGCCCAGGCACCGGGUUGUGUUACACCAGCGGGAUCUACCCGAACACCCCGAAUAUUGAGCUUCUUUCCCGGACUCCCCUGACUCCCCCCUCAGCCCUGGGCCCCCUGCUCCUCCCCCCGACCAUGGCGGACGAGCCCCCCCUCCAUCCGCACUGCCUGCACUGUGUGAACCGGCGGUGCAUGGUGCGGCCGGAGCCUGGCGUGGCGUGCGACCUGGUGGGAUGUCCUGCCGUGUGCGGAGCUGUCUUCCACAGCUGCAAACUGAGCGAGCACCGACUGCUCUGCCCCUACGAGCGCCUGGCCUGCAUCAACGCCGGCUUCGGCUGCCCCUUCACCAUCACCAGAUCCAAGAUGGCUGCCCAUCUGCAGGUCUGUCCGGCCAGCAUCGUCUGCUGCACCAUGGAGUGGAACAGGUGGCCCGUCAGUUAUGCAGACCGUAAGUCGUACGAGUCUCUGAGCAGAGACCUGCAGCAGGUGGAGCAGCUGGACAUGGCUCUGGCUCUGCAGGACCAGAGGAUGCUGCUGGAGUCGCUCAGAGCCACCUCUGUGUCACAGAAAGACGCACAGGGCGCGGCUGGCGCCACAGAGAAGGACGAACCCUACGACGUCUACAACACAUCUGUACAGACCAGCGACUUCUACAACCCUUCUGUACAAACCAGCGACAUCUACAACACAUCUGUCCAGACCAGCAGAAGUCUGGCAGCUGCUCUGGACAUCCUGACCAGCUCAAAGGUCAGCUCAAACUGA